GCGCGAGGCGCAGCCGAGUGUCUCGAGACCACAACCCGAGUUCCCAGAAACUCGUUUCAUGGGUCUCUGGGCGGUCGGUGUGCCGCGGCCGCGGUCUCGCUUGCCACUGAGCUGAAUGAAGGGGUGUGGUCGCCUCAGCCCUCUACAGACUCUACAGAACAGUCAUCCCUCGCCUCUAAAGAACAGUUUUUGUCUACGCUAUGGGUACGAUACUGCUGCUAGUUCAAUAAUUCGCUCAAUAUUGGUC